AGGAGCGAGGCGCAGCUCGGCGCGGUGCGGCAGGGCGGCGGGGAGCGCGAUGCGGCCGCGCGGCGGGAGCGGCCCGGGGCCCGUGUGGGCACAGCGCGUCCGGCAGCUGGAGCGCAGCCUGCGGACCAAAGAAGAAAGAAUAGUUGUCCUGGAAACUGAAAAUGCUACUCUUCAUCUAAAACUUGCAGAGUAUCAAGGGUUGGCUGGAAGAAGCACUAAUGAAGUAUUGCAGCUCUACGCUGCUCAUGGGCAGCAGCAGAAAUUGCAGAGAGGUUCUGUUGUAACCCACCUACAUGAGGCAAUAAAGAGACUUAAACAAGACAUGAAGAGCCUCCGUUCAUUUGCUCUCGAGCUUUCAAAAGACUUUCAGCGUCAAUGCAAGGCUUAUCUUUACCAAGCUUUGAGAGCAGUCCAAGAGAUACAGCUGCAAAAUGAAGCAAUGCAAAUGUUCCAGAUAAAAGCUUUUGAUCUUGAGCAGUCCCUACAAGAGGUGACAGAGAGAUAUGAAAAAGAAAAGCAAAAGAGGAGAGUUCUACAUAACAGCUUAGUUGAGCUGAGAGGAAAUAUCAGAGUCCAUUGCAGGAUCCGGCCAUCUCUACCUUUUGAUAAUGCUGAUGAACAUUCAGAAUCACAAGAUAGGCAAAGAAAUUUCUCAGAAAAAGUGGCAUAUGCUGUUGAUGAUGAAACUGUUCUGGUAAAGAGUAGCCGUCCUGGUCAUGCAUCAAUAAACAGGACUUUUCAGUUUGAAAGAGUUUACAGUGCUUUUGAGUCUCAAGACACGGUAUUUGCAGACGUGGCCCCUUUGCUAACAUCUCUCCUGGACGGGUACAAUGUGUGUAUUAUGGCUUAUGGGCAGACUGGGAGUGGAAAGACAUACACGAUGUUGGGACCACAGUUAGAAGAGAACUUUGCAUUUGCCUUGGAAGAUGAAUCAGAACUUGGAAUUAUUCCUCGAGCUACCCAGGAAUUGUUCAGGCUUAUUUCAGAAAAGCCACCAGGAAGUUACUGGGUUGAGGUUUCUGUUGUAGAAGUGUAUAAUAACGAAAUUUUUGAUCUUCUGGCCAAAGACAGUUGUGGAAAAGUAUUUGGCGUCAAACGUGAUGUUGUCACAACCAGAGAAGGAAAGAGCAACGUUCCAUUGCUUACAUAUGAGACUGUUGAAAAUGCAUCUGAAUUUUUGCAUCUGGUUAUCAAAGGCCUACAGCUGAGAGUCAGGCACCCAACGCUAGUGCAUGCUCAUUCCUCUCGUUCUCAUCUGGUUGUUACGCUGACCAUAACCACAACUGUCUCUGGGGAUAGCUUUGGUGCUUCAUGGGAAGAUGAACAAAUCAAUCAGAGACUAAAUAGAGAGUUUUCCUGCACCUAUCCACAAAAAACAAGAGAGAACAGAUCCGCCUCUUCUUCCAGAGCCUCUUCCCCAGCACACCUUGAAGCAACUGAGAAACCGAAGCAAGUCAAAACCAGACUGCAGCUGGUGGAUCUGGCGGGCAGCGAGUGUGUCGGUAUGUCUGGAGUGACGGGCGCAGCACUGAGAGAGACAUCCUUCAUUAACCGCAGCCUGUCCGCCCUGGCCGACGUCCUUGGUGCAAUAGCGGAGCAGCGAUCUCAUGUCCCCUAUCGAAACAGCAAACUCACGCAUCUGCUCCAGGACUCUGUAGGAGGCGAUGCCAAACUGCUGGUGAUGCUGUGCAUCUCUCCCGACCAGAAGUACUUGACAGAAUCUCUGCAGUCUCUGGGAUUUGGAACUCGUGCUCGGCAAGUUCAGAGAGGACAGAUCAAGAAAAAAAAUCUCCCAGUGCAGAGUAAAGCAAAAUAAAACCUAAGACUCCUGUGGAUUAAAGUAUUAUUAAUGAGUUCCUCAGGCUGAAAUGUAUAUUGUUGUCCUAAAGCCAUUCUUUUAGAUAUCAACUGCCAGAUAAAAUAAACAAUCCUCAACAUGGCAUUAGUAAGCCAUAAACCUGCCGAUAAUGUUCUAGCUCCAAAGAUAAUAACAAGAAUUGACAACAGCUACCAGCCAUGGUGGACUCUCACAGAAAUAAAUCAGGCUUUCUUAGGAAAGCUACUUCAAGGCGUGGUUUUGGUGAUGUGUUUCCUCUAGGCAAGUAAGUAGAACUAAGUCAACAGACCCCUGAUUUAGGACGGCUCGCUUCUGAAAGGCUGAGGCUGCCGUCUGUUUUCUCAGUAGAAGACAGGGGUCUGAAUAGCAUUCCAGUGCUUCAGAGCAGCAAAUGAAAUACUUCCUCACAGCUUACGUUAAAUUGAGACACAUCAUCAGGGCUUGCUCUUCUGUCUCGCAUGGAUGGGGUCAUUCCCAGUGCACUGUUGACAGGUAGGAGGGUAAAGGAACCCAUCAGCUGUACUGAAUGGAGUUCUGCUCUCUGGUUUUAGGUAUGAAAUAACAGCACUAGCGAGAUGGAGAAAAAGGAGUAAGGCUAUAGCUGUUAUCCCCCUGCAAUGGCAUUUGGGAAGAAAGCGAGGGGUCACACAGCCUUCUGAAAACGCGCUCAGGUUGAGUGGUUGAAGCAAAGCCCAACUCUGCUGGGUUCACUAUGACUACAGCUUUGUCUGCUGUUGGUUUGUUUGCUCACUCCAUGAGUGCUGAAGGACCCAGAACUACAGCUCCUAAUGGCUAACGGGACCUAACUCCUACAGCCAUUUCAGUAGCACUCUUGCUUGUUGUAUCAGUUGCAUUGCUGAAGAUAACCACACCACAACAUUGAAGUUGUCUGCACACUCUAAAAGCAUAAAUAUAUGCCUCCCAUUUUUCAAAUGGAUAAAACACCAAGAACCCAGCUCAUGAUAGGAUGCUUCUCAUCCUCAAGAGGCGUGUACACUCAUUCACCAAUACUGAAACAAUGUCGCAUGGGGUUUGUGAAUGAAGUUAUAUGGACAGACGUUUCAAGGAAACUUAAGCAAAAUAAGAAGUGAUUCUGAGAUGAGUAGAUGGCGUUCAUAUAACAUCUGAUGCAUUUUAUGCACUGCUUUAUAGCUCAGCAGAGGCCUCAGGAUUCACUUUUUACCUCCAGCAAUCACUCUGCCUCUAGCCUGGGAGAAAGGUCAGCAUUAGGUCACUGCAAGAAGGCUUAAGUUGCAGUGGCCUGCCCCAAAGGCUGGAGUUUAUAGUACUCCAAGUCACUUAACCUUCACAAGCAUAAAUAUUUAUCCAGAAAUUAUAUAGCAUACUAUUAAUGGAAUUUCACCCUUGAAUAUAUAACAGCUGCUGUGUUGCAUGCGGUGCUCUGGUGCUCAGAACAUUGGCAUCGCAACUUGGAGAGCUGUAAUACUUGUUUUCCUAAAUAAUGUCACGAGGUUAAAAAUGCCUCAACUUCACCCGAGUCCAGCAGUAACAGACGGGUAGAAAAAGAAUCUGGACACGGGACCUUAUAAAGCCGAACGGUCACUAAAGGAAUCUCAGAUAAGAAAGUGUCAGAGUGAGGAAUGUCAGCCUGUUAAAUGAAACGCAGGAGCAGACAGCUUCAAGCUUGCCUUAGUCUCAUGACAAGGCUACUAAAUCAGCCAGGAUUAGAGCUCUGAAAGUGGUUAAGUGACAUGAGAGGGCUAGCUGAAUCCACCAGCAUCUCUAAGGUCCUCAAAUAUUUUUGAGGAUUUUGCACUUUCUAAGCGUUACGUGUAACUUGUGAACUGUGCUUGCUUUUCUGGAGUUGCUCUCUAAAACUUGGCCUUUAUCUAUCAUCUGUGUGACAGGGAAAAAGCAGCAAUUCCUAUUGUUAAAGCUGAGAAAUAAAACCUUUAAAUAUCAGCAAAUA